CCCCAUGGUGUAGCUCAGUAUGAUUUUGAAGCUAGUCAUGAUGAUGAGAUCUCAUUUAAGGAAGGGGAGGUAAUCAUAUUAACGGGGAGAAUGGAGAAUGAAUGGUUGAAAGGUAAAAUAGGUCACAAAGAAGGAAUAUUUCCCGCCAACUUUAUAGAAAUUAUUCAUCCGCUACAUUCAGAGGUAUACAAUGGAAGACCAGAUUCCAGUCCGAGUCCAAGAAGUGGUCCAAGAUGUCGUGCUCGGUUUGAUUUCGAAGGUGAAGGUCAGGGUGAUCUAGUGUUUGAAGAAGGUGACGUUAUUAAGUUAUUAAAACAUGUGGGAACUGACUGGUUACAGGGUGAACUGGAUAAUAAAACUGGUAUAUUCCCACUGAGUUUUGUGGAAAUCAUCGAAGAUGUACCAGUCGAAUCUCAACAAGAUCCAGAUGAACAGAAUUUAGCUACUACUGUAUUUGAUUUUGAAGUAUUAUAUAGAUGUACAGCACUGUAUGAUUAUGACAGUGCCCAAAUAGAAGAUCUAUGUUUUAAUGCUGGAGAUACUAUAGAAGUUUUACAAGAUCAAGGAGAAUGGUUGAAGGGAAGGCUACACACUCGAUUUGGAAUCUUCCCUAAAUCUUUUGUUGAAAUAGAUGCUGCUGGUAAGAGAAUUUUUAAGCCAAUUUUUAAGAGAAAGACAGAAGAACAGCUAGCAAAAGCUUUAUUUGAUUUCAACGGUGAAAAUGAUAAAGAAUUAACUUUUAAGAAAGAUGAUAUAAUAAAGCUAGGAGAACUGGUUGAUGGAGCAUCUGACUGGCAAUGGGGAAAUUUACAUGGAAAUCAUGGCAUCUUUCCUGUCAAUUUUAUUACUCUGUUAUAG